AUGAAUUGUUGUCCUAAUAAUGAUUAUCAACAAAGACAAAACGACUUAUUGGUCCACCCAUACAAGGGCAAGAUUCAAACAUCUUACAAGGUUAUAUUGGUUGGUAGUCCAAAUGUUGGAAAAUCAACGAUUGUAGAUAGAUUAAUUGGCAAACCUAUCAAUGCUCCAUAUACAACUCCUACCAUUGGCAUUGAUUUUUCAAAGAUCACAAUACAUAUAGAUCAAUUACCAGUUAACAUUUUGAUUUGGAAUGGUGAUUCUGGACAAGCAAGAUUUAAAAGUACACAUCCACCAUUAUUUUAUAGAGGAGCAGAUUUUGUAUUUUUGGUUUAUGAUUUAAAUGGUUCAAAUCAAUCAUAUUUAUAUGAUUCCUAUAAAGAACAUAUUGAACAAAAUCCACUCCUUGAUCCUAAAACAAGUAGUGUUGUUAUCAUUGGAAACAAAUUAGACCUUGUGCAACGAUUCAGCUUUUUCAAAGAUGGAUCAAUAACAUCAUUUGAAAAAGCUGAAUCGUUUGCACAAGAAAAAGGAUGUAGUUAUUUCGCAGUCAGUGCCGUCAAUGGUCAAAACUUUGAAUUACUUCAUGAUCAUUUAUAUAAUAAUAUUAAACAAAAAAUUGAAGAACAAAAGGAAUUAAUAAAUAAUUAA